CUAGGGCUGUACUGAGUGAAAACGAUAAUCUGAUCUGUGGCUUCUAAUGACUGAAGGAUCCCUGAAGGUGAACAGAGUUGUGGAGAUGGGAGGGCCAGAGGCCACCCUUUGUGAUUUCCUUAUGAUUUUACUAGUCAUUGGCGCUUCCUCUUCUGAUCCACUUUUUUUUUUUUCUUUUUUAUCAGUGUGCUUACUUGUUCAAUAAAACAUGUAGAUCCUGAAGUAUGCCAGGCCCCGUUCUAGACACUAGUAGUACAAAGAUGGAUAGUCUCUUACCCUGGAAAUGUUUGCCAACUCUUCCUAGGGGGAAGACAAGUAAUAACGAUCUGGCCAAUGUGUUGCCCAUUUAUCGUUAACUUUAUGUAUAUUAUGCAUAUUACCUCAUGUCAUCCUCAAACUUCAUGAGAUGUUAGACUGCCAGACAAAUUUCUUUCUGUUUUCUUUUUUUGAGACAGGGUCUCACUCUGUCGCCCUGGCUGGAGUACAGUGGCACGAUCUCAGCUCACUGCAGCCUCCGCCUCCCGGGUUCAGUCAAUUCUCCUGCCUCAGCCUCCUGAGUAGCUGGGACUACAGGCAUGCGCCACCACACCCGGAUCCAAAAAUAAAUGACGCUACGCAAGAACCAGUUAACUGUACAAACUACACAGCUCAUGUUUCCUGUUUUCCAGCACCCAACAUAACUUGUAAGGAUUCCAGUGGCAAUGAAACACAUUUUACUGGGAACGAAGUUGGUUUUUUCAAGCCCAUAUCUUGCCGAAAUGUAAAUGGCUAUUCCUACAAAGUGGCAGUCGCAUUGUCUCUUUUUCUUGGAUGGUUGGGAGCAGAUCGAUUUUACCUUGGAUACCCUGCUUUGGGUUUGUUAAAGUUUUGCACUGUAGGGUUUUGUGGAAUUGGGAGCCUAAUUGAUUUCAUUCUUAUUUCAAUGCAGAUUGUUGGACCUUCAGAUGGAAGUAGUUACAUUAUAGAUUACUAUGGAACCAGACUUACAAGACUGAGUAUUACUAAUGAAACAUUUAGAAAAACGCAAUUAUAUCCAUAAAUAUUUUUUAAAAGAAACAGAUUUGAGCCUCCUUGAUUUUAAUAGAGAACUUCUAGUGUAUGGAUUUAAAGAUUUCUCUUUUUCAUUCAUAUACCAUUUUAUGAGUUCUGUAUAAUUUUUUGUGGUUUUUGUUUUGUUGAUUUAAAGUAUAUUAUUGUGAGAUUUAUUUAAUAGGACUUUCUUUGAAAGCUGUAUAAUAGUGUUUCUCGGGCUUCUGUCUCUAUGAGAGAUAGCUUAUUACUCUGAUACUCUUUAAUCUUUUACAAAGGCAAGUUGCCACUUGUCAUUUUUGUUUCUGAAAAAUAAAAGUGUAACUUAUUCACA